CGAUGACCUCCGAUACCACCGCAAUCGCUUUGCAGCGUUUCAUCGCGUGAACAUGUCCAUACACGUAUCUCACAUCCGAACUUCCGUUUUCCGGACUUCCGUUGAGUGUGGUAGAGGUCCUAACGCACGUCCAUAAAAGCCUGGUACUAUGUUGUCUCUACUACGCUCAAAGUCCAGAACAAACUCGACAACGUCUGCCCAGUACUGUAUAAAAUGGCAAUACUCUCACCUGAAACCAUUGCUGAAAAUGGGCUUGUAAAGAAUUCAAGCGGCACAAAUACACGCGAACAAGACGCUCAGCUCUUACAUACCGUUGACUCGAUCAUGAAGGGCAGGUUCUCUUGUCGAUACUUCCUACCGAAACCUGUUUCCCGUCGGGUCCUAGAAGAAGUACUAGACGUUGCAAGAUUUGCCCCAUCAGGAAAUAAUACGCAGCCCUGGGAAAAGGUUUAUUGUAUAUCGGGCGAAGAAUUGAAGACCCUCGGCGAAGCUAUGGUUAAUGCGAGUCGAGAAAAACCCAACCUAUACUCCAGCCAGUAUCAAUAUUACCCGGCAAUCUCGCCGGCGCACUACUUUACCAAGCGCCGUCAAGAAGCUGGUGCAGUCCUCUAUGGCUCGAUGGGCAUCGCACGAGAGGAUGCAGAGGGCCGGGAGAAAGCUUCGAGCAGAAAUUACAAUUUUUACGAUGCGCCCGUCGCGCUCGUGUUCACUAUUCACAAGGAUCUCACUCAAGGAUCUUGGCUGGACGUUGGAUACUUCAUUCAAAGUAUUACUGUUGCUGCACGUACUCGUGGCCUUGAAACCGUCUCUCAAGAAAGUGUCUCAAAGUAUCACUCCGUUAUGAGAAAAUAUCUCCCCAUUGCCGAACACGAGAUCGUCGCUGUAGGGAUGUCUAUGGGCUACCCAGACCUCGAAAAAGUGGCCCAGUUUCCCGCACGCCAACCGAAACGAGAGCUGUCUGAUAUCGUUGAGUUCCAUGGAUUAUAGAUUCCGUAUCUGUCGAGUUUUAUGUGUCGAUUUCUUCUUACGAGGAAGCCGUUGUCGCACUCAAAUAUAGUUCCCGUCUGUCCGUCCCCAAACCUCUUCAUUAUAUGAGCGGCUUAAACAAAGUGAUAUUAGGACCAGUCCAACCGUUGACGCGCCAACUCCAUGAAGUCGAAACAUCCAUGCCUCCUGUAUACUUACAAUUUCUGGC